AUGGCGGAAGCGCAUCAAGCCAUCGGCGUCUUCGACGAGCACAAGCGCGGCGUGGAGCUGCUGUACUCGGACGAGGGCAUCCGCGUGUCCUUCACCAUCCCGCCGCCCCAUGAGCUGCGCCGCAGCGUCGUCCGCGAGCUCUUCCACCUCCAGCGCGCGCUCAAGCGCGGCGUGUACCCGGCGCCGCCGCUCGUGGCCAUCCUGACGGUUGUAGCCAUUUCGGUGAUCGUCGUGCUGUCGCCCUCCGAGUCGUGGUGGCGCAGUGGACCCAUUUCGGUGGUCGUCUGGCAUGUCGGCAACUUCUUGAUGCCCUACUGGCACCUGCUGCCCAACUCGGUCUAUGUGGCGUACUUGGCGGCAUGGGCGGCGUUCCUGGGGCUGCUACUGCUAAUGGCGGUGCAGAGGCUGUUCCUCCGCCUGCUGCUGAGCUACAGAGGCUGGCUGUACCUCGCGCCGAGGCAAAAGAGCCGCGUCGUCAUGGCCUGGGCGGCGCUGCUCAAGAUCUUCGGCGGGCGUAACCCGUUGACGUACUCGUUCCAGGACGCGCUGCCUCGACUCCCGCUGCCGGCGCUCAAGGGCACCGUGGAGAGAUACCUUAAGUCGGUGCACCCGCUGCUGACCCCCAAGGAGUACGAGGAGGUGGAGCGCAUGGCCGACGAGUUCGUGCACAAGGAGGGGCCCAAGCUGCAGUUCUACCUGUACCUCAAGAGCUGGUGGUCGUCCAACUACGUGACGGACUGGUGGGAGAAGUACGUCUACCUCAAGGGCCGCUCGUCGCUCAUGAUCAACAGCAACUACUACGCGCUGCCUGGAGCCAACCUGGACUUCAGUCUCACCAAGAAGCCUGUGGCUCUAGCAGCUGCGCUGGUACACGAGUUCCUGCUGUUCAAGCAGGACCUGGACAGGGAGCAGCUCGCCCCGCAGCUCAUCCGCGGCAUUGUCCCGCUCUGCAUGGGUCAGUACCAGAGGAUCUUCUCGUGCACUCGCAUCCCCGGACGCGAGACCGACACGCUCAAGCUGUACCACCACAAGUCCAAGCACAUUGCCGUAUUCUGCAACGGCCGCGUGUUCAAGAUGCCGCUGUUCGAGAAGGGCCAAUACGGCAAGCUGCUGACCAAGUUCGAGAUCCAGCGGCAGUUUGAGUGGAUUGAAGCAACAUCUCUGGCAAUGGGAACGUCAUCCAACGCUGAGCAGAACUUUGCUGCCCUUACCGCUGCAGGCCGCAUCGAGUGGGCGGAGAACCGUGAGCAGUUCUUCUCGAGCGGUAUCAACAAGCGGUCGCUGGAGGCUAUCGAGUCCGCGGUGUUUGUCAUUGUGCUGCAGAACGAAGAGGCCAAGGACUGGAGUUCGAUGGGCAAGGAUCUCAUUCACGGCAGCGGAGGUAACCGCUGGUUCGACAAGUCCUUCAACCUCGUCGUCUACAAGAACAGCGUCGCUGGAAUCAAUGCGGAACACGCCUGGGCCGACGCCCCAGUGAUGGCCCAUGCGUGGGAGCAGGUGUACACCAAGCAGUGCUACACUAACCCGUACGAUGCGAAUGGAGACACGCUGGUACAGUCGGAAGACGAGCGCUCGUCGAAGCUGCCGCCGUGCAGAAUGCUACAAUGGGAUUUCUCGUCUGGCUUAGACAACGCUGUGUUGAAGUCGCUUGCAGACGCCGAGAAGGCGAUUGCUGAUUUUGACCUCAAGGUCAUUUCACACACGGACUACGGCAAGGGUCUGAUCAAGAAGUUCCGUGUGAGUCCUGACGCAUUCCUUCAGAUGGCUCUACAGCUCGCGUACUACCGCAACUCGGGCACCAUUACCCAGACGUACGAGUCCAGUAUGACGCGCUUGUACCGUGAUGGCCGCACCGAAACUGUACGACCCGUGACCGACGAGUCCAAGGCCUUUGUGCUCGGAAUGGUGGACCCCAAGCUAUCGGACGCCGAGAAGCUGAAGCUGCUUCAGCGCGCGUGCGAUGUGCACCAAGACAGUUACCGGAACGCCAUGAGCGGCAAGGGCAUCGAUCGCCACCUCUUCACGCUCUACUGCGUGUCGGUGGGCUUCGGUAUCGAGUCGCCGUUCCUGAACAACGCACUCAGCCGACCGUGGCGCCUGUCGACCAGCCAGCAGCCUCAGCAGCAGACCGACAACUGGCGGCUCGUAGAGAAGGCGUUGGAGGGAUCCAAGUUCUCGAUCGACGAUGCGCGCUGCCCUGGCGGAGGCUUCGGCCCUGUCGCAGAAGACGGCUACGGUGUCAGCUACAUGGUGGCGGGCGAGGACAUGCUCGGCUUCCAUAUCUCCAGCAAGAAGUCGUGCCCGUCGACCAGCUCGGACAAGUUUGCAGGCGACAUCGAGCAGGCUCUGGCUGAUCUCAAGGCGCUAUGGCACCCGAAGGAGUAAGCACAUCGUCGGCCGUAUGGUCAUGAUGAAUGUAUGGUAUCCAUGAUAGCCAAAUCCAAUAGUAACAACAGUCAAUAGCACAUUACAUCUUUCCUGCUUU